AUGUGUACCUACGGUCCGAAGCUACCACCCUCCACAUCAAACUACACCGCCAGGUCAUCCACACCAAGGCAUCAUGCUCCUGCUGUCUCGAGACCCUUCUACAUCAUCGGCCACAUGGCGAACUCGCUGGAAGAGGUGGACAAGUUUCUGCGGGAGGGCUCCAACGCACUUGAGGCGGACAUCGAAUUCGCCAACAAUGGCACCGUGAUGGGGACGUACCACGGCGUCCCAUGCGACUGUUUCCGUAGCUGCUACAAAAGGGAACGGAUCGCAAAAUUCCUGAGGCACAUCCGCGAUAUCACUGCUUGGAAUGAAUCUGCAUACAGAGGUCAAAUGAGCGUUCUGUUCCUGGACUUGAAGACGGCAAAACUUAACAAAACUGUUAGGUACACGGCUGGCUGGUCGCUUGCCCAGAACAUCCUCAUAUAUCUCUGGAAAGGCGUGGAACAACAGUACCGAAUGAACGUUCUUCUUUGCAUCAACUACGUGAAAGACAGUGAUGUCAUUGCGGGUGCCCUGGCGUACAUGAGGAAGUAUGGACCUGGAGGUUUUUUUCGCAACAUUGGUUUCGACGUGGGCAUGAACGAUGCCCUGAGCAGCAUCGGCCAUAUGUACGAGAGACUCGGCAUCAAGGGUCACAGGUGGCAAGGUGACGGUCUCACGAACUGCCUGAGGUUCCUCAUGCCACUGGACAGGCUUUUGAAGACGAUCAAGCUGCGGGAGAGCAAGCACGGCUACGUCGACAAGGUUUACCACUGGACCAUCGAUCUACCUGUGUACAUAGAAAACAGCAUCUGGCUCGGCGUCGACGGCAUCAUCACCAAUGUUCCUAUGAACGUAUACCGCGUUGUUACGAGUCAGAGAUUUCGAGGUCGUCUCAGGGUGGCCAACAUAAAAGACAAUCCAUGGCAGAAAAUUCCCCGGGGCCGUGAAGAGAUUGAGGAGGCUCAUGUAUAUUCGCUUGCAAACACCGUUAGCGGAGGAGGGGAGGGCAAAUGACCUUAUCUCACUCAUUCAUAUAUUUACCUACUUCAUUCUUACACUAGAAGAGAUUGUAUAUAUCACUGCUCCGGCGAUAAAACAACGACAAGGCAACCUUACUUGGCUCCAAGCACCAUAGUAAUUUAGAGAACAACAAAUAUUAUAGGCAAUUUUCCGCAGCAGCACACGGGUGCGGCCAUGUUUGAUCACGUGAUCGUGACUGGCGGCCGUGACCGUACCAUGCAAGCUGGUUGCAGCAGGGUGUAAUCAAUCAAUCAAUCAACCAAUCAAUUUAUUUCCUUUUAAUAGGAGGAGUACAGGACUAAGAGCUCGAGAGCUUGACGAGGUUCCGACCCCGUUACAAGUUGUCAAUGCAGCAGGAUGGCGGACAAUAAUGCAUGCAAAACACAGAAUACACUUUACAAGUUUAACAUGGCGUCAAGUAAUACAAAAAUUAUGAUACAAAUCACUGAAUAUAGAGAGACUAGUUCAUAUGUAUAGUCAUGAAGUGGCAUGAACGUGAAAAGCAACAAUCAAUAAUAAGAAUGGCCAAAAUUCCGAGAGUUAUAUUAUUCCGAAAAAUGAAUACGGUGGGCGAAGCGUUUAAUGUGACAGUUUUGAUUAGGCAAAGGAUCAAAAUCUUCGUGCUUUAAGAAGUUUAGUAGGGAA